CUUUCUCAAUCUCAGAGAGAGAGAGUAAAGAUCAAGGGGGUGUCAUUCCAUUGACAGGGCAAUUGGGAGGCAUUCCCCCCUGUACAGAGCUGAGCAGAGCAGCACACACAGCACACAGCACUGUCUGCCUGGCUUUACAAGGAACUUGCUGAAGGAAAGGCCGGCCUCCUCCUCCUCUCUCCAGACCCGCCUCUCCUCCUCCCAGCCAUAAAAUGAGCAGCGCCCACCCGAGGCUCACCCAGAGCGGAGCCGCAGCAGCCGGAGCAGUGCCCGGGGCGGACCCAGCAGACAUGCCGGCCACCGAGAAGGACCUGGCGGAAGACGCGCCGUGGAAGAAGAUCCAACAGAACACGUUCACCCGCUGGUGUAACGAGCAUCUCAAAUGUGUCAACAAGCGGAUCGCCAACCUGCAGGCGGACCUGAGCGACGGCCUCCGCCUCAUUGCCCUGCUCGAGGUGCUCAGCCAGAAGAAGAUGUACCGUAAGUACAACCAGAGACCCACCUUCCGGCAGAUGCAGCUGGAGAACGUGUCGGUGGCCCUGGAGUUCCUGGACCGGGAGAACAUCAAGCUGGUCUCCAUAGACAGUAAAGCCAUUGUUGAUGGAAACCUCAAGCUCAUCCUGGGUCUCAUCUGGACCCUCAUUCUGCACUAUUCCAUCUCCAUGCCUAUGUGGGAUGAGGAAGAGGAUGAAGAGGUCAAGAAGCAGACUCCAAAACAAAGGCUAUUGGGAUGGAUCCAGAACAAGCUUCCUCAACUGCCCGUCACCAACUUCAGCAGGGACUGGCAAAGUGGCCGAGCUCUGGGUGCCCUUGUGGACAGCUGUGCUCCUGGUCUCUGUCCAGACUGGGACUCCUGGGAUGCUAGCAAACCUGUGGACAAUGCACGUGAAGCCAUGCAACAAGCCGAUGACUGGCUGGGAAUUCCUCAGGUGAUCACCCCAGAAGAAAUUGUGGAUCCCAAUGUAGAUGAGCACUCUGUCAUGACCUACUUGUCUCAGUUCCCUAAAGCCAAGCUGAAACCUGGUGCUCCCCUCAGGCCAAAACUCAACCCCAAGAAAGCAAGAGCCUACGGGCCAGGUAUCGAGCCAACUGGUAACAUGGUAAAGAAGCGAGCUGAAUUCACAGUGGAAACAAUCAGUGCUGGAAUGGGGGAAGUUCUCGUUUAUGUGGAAGAUCCUGCCGGGCACAGGGAGGAGGCCAAAGUCACCGCCAAUAAUGAUAAAAACAGAACAUUCUCAGUCUACUAUAUCCCCAAAGUUACCGGAAUGCACAAGGUGACUGUUCUGUUUGCUGGGCAGCACAUUGCAAAGAGUCCAUUCGAAGUGAACGUUGAUAAAUCUCAUGGGGAUGCCAGCAAGGUGACAGCUCAGGGUCCUGGCCUCGAGCCCAGCGGAAACAUUGCAAAUAAAACCACCUACUUUGAGAUCUUCACUGCAGGUGCUGGAGUCGGUGAGGUGGAAGUAAUUGUUCAAGAUCCCAAUGGCAAAAAGGAUACAUCUGAAGUUCUUCUGGAGGAUAAAGGCAGCAGCACCUUCCGUUGCACCUAUAAACCCACCAUUGAAGGGGUGUAUACCAUCUAUAUAACUUUUGCUGGGGUGCCAAUUCCAAAGAGCCCUUACACCGUCACCAUUGGUCAAGCGUGCAACCCCAAUGUCUGCCUAGCAGUGGGUCGUGGCUUGCAACCAAAGGGCGUACGUGUUAAGGAAACUGCAGACUUCAAGGUCUACACAAAAGGCGCGGGAAGUGGAGAACUGAAGGUCGUUGUGAAGGGACCAAAGGGUACAGAAGAACGUGUUAAGCAAAAAGACCUGGGUGAUGGCAUUUACUACUUUGAAUAUUAUCCAACUGCCCCUGGAACCUACACGGUUACAAUCACCUGGGGUGGUCAGAAUAUCCCCAGAAGUCCAUUUGAGGUGAAGGUUGGCUCAGAGUGUGGACCACAGAAGGUGCGUGCAUGGGGACCUGGUCUUGAAGGAGGAGUAGUUGGUAAAUCUGCUGACUUUGUCGUAGAGGCUAUUGGCGAUGAUGUGGGAACUCUCGGAUUCUCAGUGGAAGGUCCAUCUCAGGCAAAGAUUGAAUGUGAUGACAAAGGUGAUGGGUCAUGUGAUGUUCGCUACUGGCCACUUGAAGCUGGAGAAUAUGCUGUACAUGUACUCUGCAACAAUGAGGACAUAAAGUUGAGCCCCUUCAUGGCUGAAAUAAAGCCAGCCCCCAAAGACUUCUUUCCAGAGAAGGUAAAGGCAUAUGGACCAGGACUGGAGAAGACUGGAUUGGCCAUUAACAAACCAGCAGAGUUUACUGUUGAUGCCAAGCUUGGUGGUAAGGCACCACUCAAGGUGUCUGUGCAGGAUUCUGAGGGAACCCCAGUAGAUGUAAUCACAAAAGAUAAUGGAAACGGAACAUACAGCUGCACUUACCAGCCAAAGAAGCCAUUGAAACACACUGCAGUAGUGUCUUGGGGAGGGGUUAACAUUCCAAACAGCCCCUUCAGGAUGACCAUUGGUGCUGGAAGUCAUCCCAACAAGGUGAAGGUGUAUGGCCCAGGUGUUGCAAAGACUGGUCUGAAGGCACAUGAACCCACCUAUUUUACAGUGGAUUGUACAGAAGCUGGACAAGGUGAUGUCAGCAUUGGUAUAAAGUGUGCCCCAGGUGUUGUGGGCCCUGCAGAAGCUGAUAUAGAUUUUGACAUCAUUCGCAAUGAUAACGACACAUUUACUGUGAAAUACACUCCACCAGGAGCCGGAAGUUACACAAUCAUGGUUCUGUUUGCUAACCAGACCACACCAAUGAGUCCAAUCCGCAUCAAGGUUGACCCAUCACAUGAUGCAAGCAAAGUAAAGGCAGAUGGUCCUGGACUGAAUAAGAGUGGUGUUGAGAUUGGAAAGCCUACCCAUUUCACUGUAAACACAAAGGCUGCUGGCAAAGCCAAACUAGAUGUACAGUUUACUGGACCUGCCAAAGGAGAUGCUGUGAAGGAUGUGGAUGUCAUUGAUAAUCAUGACAACUCCUACACUGUCAAAUACACACCUGUGCAACAGGGUAACUUGGGUGUGAAUGUGACUUAUGGAGGUGAUCAUAUUCCCAAAAGUCCAUUCCCAGUCAGCAUUGCCCCAACACUGGACCUCAGCAAGAUCAAAGUUUCUGGACUUGGAGACAAAGUAGAGGUUGGCAAGGAUCAGGAGUUCACCGUAAAAUCCAAAGGUGCGGGAGGACAGGGCAAAGUAGCUUCCAAAAUCACAGGUCCAUCUGGCAAGGCUGUUCCUUGCAAAGUGGAGCAAGGUUUGAGUCCUGAUAACAGCACGGUCAAAUUUAUCCCUCGAGAGGAAGGUCCAUAUGAAGUGGAGGUGACCUAUGAUGGUGUUCCAGUUCCUGGCAGCCCAUUUCCUGUGGAAGGAGUUCCUCCAACAAACCCCUCAAAGGUUAAGGCUUUUGGGCCUGGGCUAAAAGGAGGCAAUGUUGGUGCCCCAGCCCCAUUCACCAUUGAUACUAAAGGAGCUGGGCUUGGAGGCCUUGGUCUGACUGUGGAAGGACCAUGUGAGGCAAAGAUUGAAUGUCUUGACAAUGGUGAUGGUACAUGCUCUGUGUCUUACCUGCCAACGGAGCAUGGAGACUACAACAUCAACAUUCUGUUUGCUGACACCCACAUUCCUGGAUCACCUUUCAAGGCAAAGAUUGAGCCUUGCUUUGACCCUUCCAAGGUGACUUGCUCUGGCCCAGGUUUGGAACAUGCUCAGGUUGGGGAAGCUGGCAAAUUUAAUGUGGACUGCUCCAAUGCUGGCAGUGCCGAGCUGACAAUUGAGAUUAUAUCUGACACUGGAAUGCAGGCAGAAGUCCAUAUACAGGACAAUGGAGAUGGAACCUACACCAUUACCUACAUCCCACUAUACCCAGGAAUCUAUACCAUCACUAUAAAGUAUGGUGGACAAAUGGUUCCCAACUUCCCCAGCAAACUGCAGGUCAAGCCAGCUGUAGAUACUUCUGGAAUAAAAGUCUAUGGGCCUGGAGUGGAGGGAAAAGGUGUAUUCAGAGAAGCCACUACAGACUUUAAUGUUGAUGCACGUGCUUUGACCAAAACUGGAGGUCCCCAUCUUAAAACCAGGGUAUCUAAUCCAUCUGGCAACUUCACAGAUGCAUUUGUGCAGGAUAAUGGGGAUGGCACCUAUAAAGUGGAAUACACUCCUUAUGAGGAAGGGAUCCAUUCUGUUGAUGUAACAUAUGAUGGAAGCCCUGCACCCAAAAGCCCCUUCAGGGUUCCAAUUACUGAAGGCUGUGACCCAACUAGAGUCAGAGUUCAUGGUCCUGGGAUCCAGAGUGGAACCACAAACAAGCCAAACAAAUUCACAGUGGAAACCAGGGGUGCUGGCACUGGAGGACUUGGUCUGGCUGUCGAGGGUCCAUCAGAGGCAAAGAUGUCCUGUACAGAUAACAAGGAUGGCAGUUGUUCAGUAGAAUACAUCCCAUAUGAGCCUGGUACUUACAGCUUAAAUGUCACCUAUGGUGGACAUCAAGUUCCAGGUAGUCCCUUCAAGGUUCCAGUUAAUGAUGUAAUUGACAGCUCCAAGGUGAAGUGUUCUGGUCCAGGACUCCAACCUGGGUUGGUUAGAGCAAAUGUCCCACAGUCCUUCAGUGUAGACACAAGCAAGGCUGGUGUUGCUCCUCUACAAGUCAAAGUUCAAGGCCCAAAGGGUAUUGUAGAACCUGUAGAAAUUGUGGACAAUGGUGAUGGAGUCCAGACUGUGAGUUAUGUUCCAAGCCGCGAGGGACCCUAUAACAUUGCUGUUCUGUAUGGAGAUGAAGAGAUACCCCGCAGUCCUUUCAAGGUAAAGGUCUUACCAACUCAUGAUGCCAGCAAGGUAAAGGCAAGUGGACCAGGGUUGAAUACAACUGGGGUACCUGCCAGCCUGCCCGUGGAGUUUACAAUUGAUGCUAAGGAUGCUGGAGAAGGCCUUCUUGCUGUUCAGAUCACUGAUCCAGAAGGCAAGCCCAAGAAAGCCACUAUUCGUGACAACCAAGAUGGCACCUAUACAGUGUCCUAUGUACCGGAUAUGACUGGCCGUUACACUAUCCUCAUUAAGUAUGGAGGCGAUGAGAUUCCUUAUUCUCCUUAUCGCAUCCGUGCUGUUCCCACAGGAGACGCCAGCAAGUGCACAGUUACAGUGUCAAUCGGAGGUCACGGGCUAGGUGCUGGCGUUGGACCCACUAUUCAGAUUGGUGAAGAGACUGUUAUAACGGUUGAUGCAAAGGCAGCAGGGAAGGGUAAAGUGACAUGCAGUGUGUGCACGCCCGAUGGCACAGAGGUGGAUGUAGAUGUUGUGGAGAAUGAAGAUGGCACAUUUGACAUCUUCUAUACAGCCCCCCAACCUGGAAAAUAUGUCAUCUGUGUGCGCUUUGGAGGAGAGCAUAUUCCCAACAGCCCAUUCCAGGUUACGGCUCUGGACGGCGAACAAAUGAUGCCUCAGCAGAUGGUUCCACAGCAAUUAGCCCCAUCUUACGCAUACCCGGGCAUGCAGCAACCCUGGGCUACUGACCGUCCUGUUAUGGGAGUGAAUGGUCUUGAUGUUGCAGGACUAAGACCUUUUGAUCUGGUAAUACCUUUCACGAUAAAAAAAGGCGAAAUCACAGGAGAAGUUCGUAUGCCAUCUGGAAAAGUGGCAAAGCCUGAUAUCACAGACAACAAAGAUGGUACGGUUACUGUGAGAUAUGCCCCUACCGAAGCUGGCUUGCAUGAGAUGGACAUAAAAUAUGACAACAUGCACAUCCCAGGAAGCCCACUGCAGUUCUAUGUGGAUUAUGUCAACAGCGGGCACGUAACUGCCUAUGGUCCAGGUCUUAUUCAUGGCACUGUCCAUAAACCAGCAGUCUUCACAGUCAACACAAAGGAUGCUGGUGAAGGUGGCUUGUCACUUGCAAUUGAGGGCCCCUCCAAAGCCGAAAUCAGCUGUACAGACAACCAGGAUGGAACAUGCACCGUCUCCUAUCUCCCAGUGCUGCCUGGUGACUACAACAUUCUUGUCAAAUACAACAACAAACACAUACCCGGGAGUCCAUUUGUUGCUAAAAUCACAGGUGAUGACACCAUGAGAAUGUCCCAGCUAAAGGUUGGAUCUGCAGCAGAUAUUCCUCUGAACAUUACAGAGACUGACCUGAGCCAACUAACUGCAACAGUGACUUCUCCUUCUGGAAGGGAAGAGCCUUGCCUCCUUAAGAGACUCCGAAAUGGACACAUUGGAAUAUCUUUCAUUCCUAAAGAAACUGGCGAACACUUGGUUAACAUAAAAAAGAAUGGAGUACACAUUGCAAGCAGCCCAAUCACUGUAAUGAUCAGUCAGUCGGAGAUUGGAGACGCCAGCCGGGUAAUAGUGUCUGGCCAAGGUCUGGUUGAAGGGAGAACAUUUGAGCCGUCCGAAUUUAUCAUUGACUCCAGAGAAGCAGGCUAUGGAGGGCUGAGUCUUUCCAUUGAGGGUCCCAGCAAAGUGGAUAUUAACACAGAAGACUUGGAAGAUGGAACAUGCAAAGUGACUUACUGCCCAACAGAACCUGGAACAUACAUCAUAAACAUCAAGUUUGCAGAUCAGCACGUGCCAGGGAGUCCUUUCUCAGUAAAGGUCACAGGUGAAGGUCGCAUGAAGGAGAGUAUCACAAGGAGACGCACUGCCCCAUCUGUGGCAAAUAUCGGUAGCCAAUGUGAUCUCAGCUUGAAAAUACCUGAAAUCAGCAUUCACGACAUGACUGCACAGGUCACCAGCCCCUCUGGAAAGAUUCAUGAUGCUGAAAUCAUGGAAAGUGACAAGAACACCUACUGCAUACGGUUUGUCCCAACUGAGAUGGGUGUUCACACAGUCAGUGUUAAAUACAAGGGUCAGCAUGUACCUGGGAGUCCAUUCCAGUUUACCGUUGGACCCCUUGGUGAAGGUGGGGCUCACAAAGUGCGAGCAGGUGGUCCAGGCCUGGAGAGAGCAGAGGUUGGAACACCAGCCGAAUUUAGCAUCUGGACAAGAGAAGCUGGUGCUGGUGGCCUCUCAAUCUCAGUUGAAGGUCCAAGCAAAGCAGAAAUUGCUUUCGAAGAUCGGAAGGACGGGUCUUGUGGUGUGUCCUACAUUGUUCAAGAGCCUGGUGAUUACGAGGUGUCCGUGAAGUUUAACGAUGAGCACAUACCAGAUAGCCCUUUCGUGGUGCCUGUUGGAUCCACGUCGGACGAUGCCCGUAGAUUGACUGUUUCUAGUCUUCAGGAGUCAGGGUUAAAGGUGAACCAACCAGCCUCUUUUGCAGUAAGUCUUAAUGGUGCUAAAGGAGUCCUGGAUGCCAAAGUGCACAGUCCUUCUGGGGCAAUAGAAGAAUGCUAUGUUACAGAGAUUGACGAAGACAAAUAUGCUGUGCGCUUUAUUCCCCGUGAGAAUGGCUUGUACCUUGUUGAUGUCAAGUUCAAUGGCUCCCACAUCCCUGGUAGUCCCUUCAAAAUAAGAGUUGGGGACCCAGGACAGGCUGGGGAUCCUGGCAUGGUGUCAGCGUAUGGGUCAGGCUUGGAAGGAGGAACUACAGGCAAUGCUGCAGAGUUCAUUGUUAACACAUCGAAGGCUGGGCCUGGCGCUCUCACUGUCACAAUUGAUGGCCCUUCAAAAGUCAAAAUGGACUGCCAGGAGUGUGCAGAGGGUUACAAGGUUACCUACACACCCAUGGCUCCUGGUAGCUACAUGAUCUCCAUUAAAUUUGGUGGUCCAUAUCACAUUGUCGGAAGUCCAUUUAAAGCAAAAGUCACUGGUCCUCGUCUGGUGACAAGCCAUAACCUUAACGAAUCCUCAUCAGUGUUUGUAGACUCUGUCACAAAAUCAGAGUCUUUCACACAAGCUGCAGCUCCAAGAGUCUCAUCUGAUGCUAGCAAAGUGGUGGCCAAAGGUCUAGGUCUAAACAAAGCCUUUGUAGGACAGAAGAACUCCUUCACAGUCGACUGCAGCAAGGCUGGUAACAAUAUGCUGCUCGUUGGAGUCCAUGGGCCAAAAACUCCAUGUGAAGAGAUUGUGGUGAAACAUCUUGGAAACCGUCUAUACAAUGUUACAUAUCUUCUGAAAGACAAGGGGGAAUACAUCCUGGUUGUAAAGUGGGGAGACGAGCACAUUCCAGGCAGCCCUUACCAUGUAUCUGUUCCCUAAAUUCCUGGCCAUCCUCCUUUUUCCUAAUCCCAAACCCCUUAUCCUCAGUGUGUGCUCUGUGUCUAUGUACGGCUGCCCUGCUCAACUGUUCCCAUGUGACUGAGGGGGUUACAGGUCGGCUCGGGUUUGGGGGUCUUGCUUAGCUGGUUUCCUGGUUUAUGCAAUGGCCGUGUUAACCCCAGUGGCACUGAAGGGGCAAAGUGUGAACGGGUGCAGUAGGUUGUUGAGAGGGGAGCAGGAUGGUCCGAUACUCUGAAGAGCAGCUUUAUGAACUUGGCACUUUUUAUAAUGUAAAGACCGCUGCUAGUAUCAGAUGUGUCCAGCUCAUCCCCUGCCCUCAUAGGGCUGCUUUAAAUGCCACAUGCUCCCGUUGUGCUGUUCUGCCCUUUGCAUUUGUUUACAUUUUGUAUGUUCUUACCCUAGACUGUAGGGGAUAAGGGUCUCCAAAUUGAUAGAAACUUAUUUCUAGGUGCCAAGAGUGAAGCAAAAAAUGUUUUAAGGACGGUUUACAAAGCUAAACUCCCCACAUUCGUGUAGACUGUUCAUGUUCUUGGUUACCUGACCUCAAGUUUAAAUUUUUAUUAAACCUGCAUUUUCUAGUGCACAUGUCUUAAGAUGAAACCAUAAAAUAGUCAUCUGACUGAGACUUGUGAUUUUUCAAAAAGUCAAAGCAUGAAAAGGCUUUCCUUUUCAUUAAACCACUACUCGUUAAAACUCAAAUUGAUAAAUAAGAGAUGCACCAAAUUUUUACUUUGGUCAAUAACUUUUGGUCCACUCUAAUGUCAUGUUCUGUCUUGGUGUCUUCACGUAUUCUCCCCUUUCUUCCUGUCCCAUUAUUAAGUUGUCUGUUUUAAUGUUUGUCCUGAGAUCUGGUUUAGCUCCGAGAUGUUUCGUUGGGGUGCUUAAUGGGUUUACCUACCACAGGCCAUUCCAAGCGGAUCGCUUCCAGUUAACCAAAUCUUUGUCUUAAAAUUUUUCUAAAGUUAUGAUUUAUUUUUGUUGUGCACGACUACAGUACUUGGCUCUUAAAUGAUAACAAUAAAAUUCAGCUUUUAAUCCUC